AUCUACUGGUAACUUUUGCUAAAAAAAAAUAAAUGCACACGUCUUGACGUGGAAGAUAAAAUAAUAAAAUAAAUGAUAAUAUUAAUAAUAGUAAAAUAAAUUGUCUCUUGUGCCUACGUAUAUAUAUCAUGUAUUGAUAAAAAAACAAAUGGCUAAUAAAUAAAUAUAAAAAAGUAUAGAAAAUAGUUUUGAUUUAAGUAGAGUUGUUUGUACUUUGUUAUAUAGUUAUAUAGUUAUAUAGAUACAUUAUAAGUAGAUGCUGCUGAUUGCUCUUGGUUUUCUUAGUUUUAAUCGAUUGUCGUGGACAUCGUAGAUAAUUGGAGUUGAUUGGUCUGCCUCCUUGUAACGUUUAAACAAACUGGUUGUGACAUUUGGCAUUAUAUGCUAAUAAAAUUGUUAAUUUUUAUAAACUCAAUAAUAAUAUACAACAUAUUGUUAUUUUAAAUAAAAUGGCAAGUCCUCGAACACGCCGAGCUUUGGGAGAAUUAAAACCUCAGAAUGAAAAUAAUAAAUGUUUUGAAUGUGGUGCUCAUAAUCCCCAAUGGGUUUCCGUAACAUAUGGGAUAUGGAUUUGCUUAGAGUGUUCUGGCAAACAUCGUGGUCUUGGUGUUCAUCUUUCAUUCGUACGGUCAAUAUCAAUGGACAAAUGGAAAGAUACUGAAUUGGAAAAAAUGAAAGUUGGUGGAAAUAAAAAAGCACGUGAAUUUUUCGAAUCACAAUCUGAUUGGGAAGAUUCGAUGCCAAUUAAUAAAAAGUAUAAUACUAAAGCAGCUGCUUUAUAUCGUGAUAAGAUUGCUACGUUAGCGAGAGGUGAAUUUUGGAGUAUUGAUAAAGCCAAUGUUAAAGAUUUUUUACCAUCAUAUUCAGAUCAUAAUAGUAACGAUACUAACUAUUCAUACUCUUCAUGUGGUGGUGGUAGUGUUGGUGGUUCUUCGUCAUCUUCAUCUUAUCAACAAGAUAUAAAUAAUGCCAGUUUAUAUCAGCAAAAUAAUUUCAAUUCAUCGGCAUUUAAAUCACAAACAGAAUCAUUUUUUGCACGAGUUCAAAAUGAAAAUGCCGGUAGACCAGAGAAUAUUCCACCGAAUCAAGGUGGUAAGUAUGGUGGAUUUGGAUAUCAAAUGGAAACACCGCCUAAAAGUACAUCUCAAGAAUUUUUUGAUACUGCUGUUUCUUCGUUAGCCAGUGGAUGGUCAAUAUUUUCAUCAUCAGCGACCAAAAUAGCAAGUAAAGCCACUGAAAAUGCUAUAAAAAUUGGUGGUAUGGCUACACAAAAGGUACGUGAUGGUACUUUAUUAGAAGAUGUAACUACUCAAGUUAAUAGUUUAGCUACUAAGGUAGGAGAUAUAGGACGUCGUGGGUGGGGUGAUAUUUCUGGUACAAAUUCAUCAACCUCGUCAUCUUCAUCAUUAUCACAAUUACAAUCACAAUCACAAUAUCAAUAUCAUCAAUCAAAUGAUGAAUAUCAAAAUGCAAAAUCUGAUAGUUAUCAAAAUAGCUAUCAAAAUUCAUACUCUAAUGAAAAGUCUUCCUUAAUGUCAAAUUCAAGUAACAAUGGUGGUGGAUCGAGUAAUUCAUCAAUACAAGACUGGGAUUGGGAUAAUUCACAGCGAAAUUCCGAGAUUCUUACAGAAACUAAAUCAGCAGCAAUACGUAAAACUAAAGAUAAAAAAAUAAUUAAAAGCAAAGAGUCAUCGUUGAUUGAUUUUGAUAGUAAAAAUGACGAUAAUAGUUUUAAAGUUAAAAAAACAGCAACGUCUAAAGCUGAAGAAGAUGCUUGGGAAAUAUUGAAAAAUUAAUAAUAAUCAUAAUAAUCGUUAAAUAGUUUAAUUAUCCAAGAAUAAUUUAAGUAAUAUUAAUGUAAAACACUUAAUUGUUGUAUUCAUUUAUAUAAUAAUAAUAAUUAUUAUUAUUA